UACUGGGCUAAACGCAUACUAUUCUCCGGUGAGCUGGGGGGAACUCUGCUGCUGAGCUUGAGGCUGCGCACUGCAGCGCCGCAAGCAAUCUUUGCCGAGACAUGUCGAAUGUGAUGGCAUGCGCGAGUGCGCGGGGCGCCGUUGGGCUCACUUGAGUGAAUGGUGGGUCCGCACGGGAUCUUCGAGGUUCUCCACAGGCUCCGUGCUUGCUCACUCACCAGCAUCUUCCACCUUCUUUCUUCGUUGCCGUUUCGACCACUCCGGAACCACCUUGAUAUCGCAGCGAAGAGACAUUUGGAAGUAGGCGCUUCUUCUUCUUCAAAAAAACCUGAGAACUCUCGCGUCACAUCGAGUUCACGACCGACGAUGUCUUCCAGAGACCAACUUCGCACACGGUCUCAGGGCAUCCCCGGCAUGCUCCGCCUUCCAGAAGAUGUCGUACGAGAGAUCUGUCGCCAUCUCCAUCCCCGCAAAAUAGGGGCGCUUCGAGGCGCUUCGAGGGACCUGAAGAAUACUGUUCAGCCGAGCUUCAUUAAGGCCUUCAAGACGAUCGAAAUCCAUCUCGACAAAGUACACCUCGCCUAUCUCAAAGGACUUUCCAACUCGACUUUGGCCGGUUUCGUCCAAGUCGUACAUAUUCGCCCUCGCUACGCGUCUUCUCCGCUGCGAAAGUGGUGGCGGAGCGAACAGGAGGAACCCCCAACUGAAGCGGAGCUGUACGCGAGUAGCGGAAGCGACGUCAAACACCUCACUCAGGCACUGGUGAGGUUCAAGAACUUGGUUCGCAUUGAGGUAGAGGCCUCGCCGUUGCCCGCAUUGUCGCCGCGUCUUGUUGUAAACAAGCACCAAAACAGCCGGAAUACCAUCAAGUGCGAAAAUUUCCGUGUUACUGGCAUGACCCACGCCUUCACAGCCGUCCUGCGUGCGAUGGCGGAUGGCGUCGUCGUGCGCGAGAUACGGGCAGGCACUACGCCAGACGGAGAGAUACGCAAAUCGAUCGAUCACCUAGCGCUGCAGCUUCACAAACCCUCGCAGUCGCUUCUGUCGGGCUUGAAACAACUGCAAAAGCUCGAGCUGGUUCUGGAGGGUCAAUCAGGCUAUCAUGGGCCUGGCUGCGAUGCUCUCUUGGCAAAGUUUCUGGAGCACGCCACCAAUGUUCGCCAUCUCAAGCUUUCAUUCUGGCAUAUGGCUGGAGAUCGUUUGAGCCAGACGUUCAGAGAGGUGACCUUACCAGGCCUCCAGACGUUGGAUCUCGAAGCUGCACACGAUGUUGACUUCGAGCCUUUUGCCCAUUUCUUGGCUCGGCACCAGCCCAGCUUGCGAGAGCUGGAAUUGAAGAACAUUAUCUUCAUCAACGACACACUCGCUGAAGUGUUCCCUAUCAUGUUCCUCUCGGGAGGCCUCUUUCUGCGGCAUAUCAAUUUCCGCCAGCUAUGUAGCAUGAGAUCCGGUAUGCUGGUUUUCGGCACCAACGCGGACUACAUCUGUAGUACCUGCGAGGAGGACAGUCGAGCUAUCUUCUUCAACAAGACUGGACCAGGUUGCGAGCAUAGCUCGCUUGUUGCCACUGAGGGAGAGGUUUCGGCGAAUUACCAGCUCAAGCGCAUGGAGAUGACGUGCACCCUGCCUUGGCCAAUACGUGUCUCAGAGCCGACUUCAGACUCGGCGCCUCGUGCCUUUUCAUGGGAAUGGUAG